AUGAAGGUGGCAAGUGAAAGCAGACACUGCGAACCUAAGAAAAGGCUUUUAAAACCAAUGGUUGAAAAACAAAGACGGGAGAGAAUAAACAAGAAUCUGGAGGCGAUACGAGUUUUAUUAUCGGGAGCCAUGGGACACGAGAAAUUAAGGAAUCCAAAGAUAGAGAAAGCUGAACUCCUUGAGUACACAGUUCAGUUUCUCCAAACGAGCAGGCUGGCUUCAGGAGGAGGCCAACAAGAAGCCAAGUCAUGUUACCAUUUUGGACACAACCAUUGCCUUCAAACAGCUAUUAACUUCAUCAAAUCAAACAAGGAACUCCACCAUGCUAUUCAAGUUCUCCUUUCCCAACAAUUGUCCUUAAUAGGUCGAACUGUGGAAUCUUCAGCUCCAAGAAUUAGGGAUCACAGCUUUAGCCAUCUACAACCACUGAUGGCCACAUUUGCCGAGAAAGAAAUGACGCACAAUUCAUGUUCUAAUAACGUUUCUCUAGACCAUACGAACACAUUUGUUGCUACCCAAGGUCACAUUUUAUCAACAAACCAGACUGGCAUGUGCUGGAGACCUUGGGUUUGAAGCCUACAUCCUUUUUACAAUGAAGCUCAGACGUGGACAAAUCAGUCUAAGGCUUUUGGGGCAAUCCAUUAUGUCAUUAAUGAAGCUGGAGUGGGCUAAAUGGAUUGUGUUAAUCCCCAGUACACUUAAACUGUGUGGAACAGGUGGCUUCCCUAAUCAGUUUUCAUGAUCCAGCGAGGAGGGCUGCAGAGCAGCCUAAUGGCCAUGAGG